AUGACGAACGCAACCACCACCGCCGCCGCCGCCGAUGAACGGUCGUUGAUAAUGGAUGAGAAGGAGGAAAAUGUUGUCGCAGGCCAUCAUCAGACUGAUCAUGUGUUGGUUGAUUUGGAGGAUCAUCCACAACAACAAGGGGGAGGAGCAGAUGGAGGAGGAGAGGAAGAACAAGAUGACUUCAACGAUCCCUUCGACAUUGCCAACACUAAGACCGCGUCCCUCGAAUCCCUCAAGCGAUGGCGGCAAGCAGCAUUGGUGCUCAAUGCCUCCCGAAGGUUCCGAUACACUCUGGAUUUGAGGAAGGAAGAAGAGAAAGAACAGAGGCGCAGUAUGAUCAGAGCCCAUGCUCAAGUCAUCCGUGCUGCUUUGCUCUUCAAAUUGGCUGGCCAGAGAGCCAUUGUGUUAGGCAGCAACGUUGCUCCUCCAACUGCUAAUGGUGAGUAUGGAAUUGGACUUGAACAACUUGUUUCCAUGACCAGAGAUAACAACACUUCUGCUCUUCAACAAUAUGGAGAGGUCAAAGGGAUAGCAAAAUUUCUUAACACAAAUCUAGAUACAGGAGUUAGUGGUGAUGAUGAGGAGCUUUUGAGCCGGAGGAAUGCAUUUGGUUCAAAUACUUAUCCUGUUAAGAAGGGAAGGAGUUUCUUGAGGUUCCUUUGGGAGGCUUGGCAAGAUUUAACCCUCAUCAUCUUGAUCAUAGCUGCCAUUGCAUCACUUGGGCUAGGAAUAAAGACUGAGGGCUUAGAAGAGGGCUGGUAUGAUGGGGGAAGCAUUACAUUUGCUGUUCUCCUUGUUAUUUUUGUUACAGCAACUAGUGAUUACCGACAGUCCCUCCAGUUUCAGAGUUUAAAUGAGGAGAAGAGGAAUAUAAAGAUGGAGGUGGUUAGGGGCGGAAGAAGAGAACAGAUAUCUAUAUAUGAUGUUGUUGUUGGUGAUAUUGUACCUCUCAAGAUAGGUGAUCAGAUCCCGGCAGAUGGUGUUUUAGUUGUCGGUCAUUCUCUUGCCAUUGAUGAAUCUAGCAUGACAGGGGAGAGCAAGAUUAUGCACAAAGAUCAGAAAUCCCCAUUCUUGAUGGCCGGUUGUAAGGUGGCAGAUGGUGCAGGGACAAUGCUGGUAACUGGAGUAGGGAUAAACACAGAAUGGGGGCUUUUGAUGGCAAGUAUAUCAGAGGAUACGGGUGAAGAAACCCCAUUGCAGGUACGCCUGAAUGGAGUUGCCACGUUCAUUGGCAUAGUUGGUCUCACUGUUGCACUAUGUGUACUAAUAGUUUUGCUAGCUAGAUUCUUCACUGGUCAUUCCAAAAAUGCUGAUGGAACCAUUCAAUUCAUCCGAGGACAAACAAGCGUGAGCCAGACUGUUGAUGGUGUCGUAAAGAUCAUCACAGCUGCUGUCACGAUAGUGGUUGUUGCAGUCCCUGAAGGGCUCCCAUUGGCCGUUACCCUGACGUUAGCAUACUCCAUGAAGAAAAUGAUGGCUGAUAAGGCCUUGGUGAGAAGGCUUUCUGCUUGCGAAACUAUGGGGUCUGCCACUACCAUCUGCAGCGACAAAACGGGAACAUUGACUCUCAAUCAGAUGACCGUUGUCGAGGCACACAUUGGGAAAGCAAAGAUGGACAAGCCGCAGGAUGGAUCGAGGCUUCCAUCAACUGUUUCUUCUUUGCUAGAUGAAGGCAUUUCCCAGAAUAGUGCUGGCAGUGUUUUUUUAUCUAAGGAAGGUGCAGUAGAAGUAUCUGGCUCUCCAACAGAAAAGGCCAUUCUUUCAUGGGCUGUCAAGCUGGGGAUGAAAUUUGAUAUGGUCAGAUCAGAGUCCAUAAUCCUCCAUGUUUCCCCAUUCAAUUCGUCCAAGAAGCGAGCAGGCGUUGCAGUACGUGGAAAGAGCAAUUCACAAGUUCAUGUACACUGGAAAGGAGCAGCUGAGAUAAUCUUAGAUUUAUGUACAAAGUAUCUGGAUACCAAUGGUUGCUUGCAGUCCAUUUCUGGCAACAAGGAGUACUUUAAGGAUGCAAUAGAAAACAUGGCGGCAAAAAGCUUGAGAUGUGUCGCAAUUGCAUAUAAGACGCUAGAAGCAGACCAGGUACCUACAGAUGAAGAACAUUUGGCUCGAUGGGUGUUACCUGAAGAUGACCUAGUUCUACUUGCUAUUGUUGGUAUAAAGGAUCCUUGUCGCCCUGGUGUCAAAGAAGCAGUGAGAUUAUGCACAGAUGCAGGUGUGAAGGUGCGAAUGGUUACCGGAGAUAACCUUCAAACAGCCAAAGCAAUUGCACUGGAAUGUGGAAUCCUUUCUUCAGAUGCCGAGGCCAUUGAGCCUAAUAUCAUUGAGGGGAAACAAUUCAGAGAAAUGUCAGAUAUCGAAAGAGAACAAGUCGUGAAAAAAAUCUCAGUGAUGGGAAGGUCUUCCCCCAGUGACAAGCUUUUACUUGUGCAAACUUUACGGAAACUAGGGGAAGUUGUUGCUGUUACCGGUGAUGGGACUAAUGAUGCUCCUGCACUUCAUGAGGCUGAUAUAGGUCUGGCAAUGGGAAUCCAAGGAACUGAAGUUGCAAAAGAAAGUUCAGACAUCAUUAUUCUUGACGAUAACUUCGCUUCAGUCGUGAAGGUUGUCCGCUGGGGUCGUUCUGUAUACGCAAACAUUCAGAAGUUCAUCCAGUUCCAGCUAACAGUUAAUGUCGCAGCUCUUACCAUUAAUGUUGUUGCAGCAGUAUCAUCAGGCGAUGUUCCUUUAAAUACAGUGCAGCUUCUCUGGGUUAACCUUAUCAUGGAUACUUUGGGAGCAUUGGCAUUGGCCACGGAACCACCAACCGACCAGCUUAUGGAACGAACACCAGUUGGCCGAAGGGAACCUCUGGUCACAAAUAUAAUGUGGAGGAACUUGAUCGUUCAGGCACUCUAUCAAGUUGCAGUCCUCCUUAUUCUCAACUUUUGUGGGAGGAGUAUUCUUAACUUGAAUCAUGAUGAAACGGAACAUGCUACCAUGGUGAAGAAUACUCUCAUAUUCAACGCAUUUGUCUUCUGCCAAAUUUUCAACGAGUUCAAUGCUAGAAAGCCGGAAGAGUUCAAUGUGUUUACUGGUGUGACUAAGAACCCACUUUUCAUGGGGAUUGUUGGGGCUACCUUAGUGCUUCAGAUAAUUAUCAUUGAGUACCUUGGGAAGUUUACUUCAACCGUCAGACUUGACUGGAAACUAUGGCUGGUGUCAAUAGCCAUAGGGUUAUUCAGUUGGCCCCUGGCAAUCAUUGGAAAGCUGAUCCCGGUUCCAAAGACCCCAAUUGCCAAGAUAUUUGCCAAGCCAUAUCAGCGCUUGAUAGCUGCUCGAAAUUCGUCGUAA